AUGAAAAUAUUGUGGUCGAUAUUCGGAUUUAUUGUGAUCAUUUCGCUCCUAUUAAUCUUACAUCUUGCCAAUAUGCAAUUGAAAUACGCGAAAUAUUGUCAACGCGAAAUUGACGCAGCGAAGUUUACUGUGCAAACAGUUUGUCGGAUUGACGGGAUCAAUUCACGUCCUCAAAAAGACAUUCAUUCUUCGAACAUCAUCCUCAAUAACUCUUUUCUGGUCUCCUUCGAAGUGAAUAUCAAUGGAAAUAUCGUAAGGAAACAACUCGAACAAUGGACUGUACCUGUACCAAUCGAAUCAAAUAUUAUAAACACAACAUAUCCAUGUUUUAUUGAUCCAUAUGAUACACAACGAGGGCCAUUGCAUGAAAAGCCAAAUACCGCAUCUAUUCGUGACGAUUUCAUUGAAUACAUCUUAAUGCCUAGUUCGAUCAUGUCGAUUUUUAUGCUCUUUGUACUUAUGCUGGUCGCAAUUCCAUUUGCCAUGAUGAUUUGUAGUCUUUUCACAGACUUCAUGAGUUAA